AUGGUGUUGAACGAAGAGAAACGAGAAACCUCCGUGAGGGUUAUCGUCUGUAUUUUUUUCGUAAUUGUUGGCGCGGUCGCGGGACAUGGAUACGACAACGCCCAUUACAAAUUCGAAUACGGCGUCCACGAUCCUCACACCCACGACCACAAAUCCCAACACGAACAUAGAGACGGACACCACGUCACCGGAGGUUACACUCUAAAAGAAGCUGACGGUACCCACAGAAUCGUCAAAUACAAAUCAGGACCUCAUAGUGGUUUUGAGGCUGUUGUAGAACGCGUAGGACACGCUCAACAUCCUGCACAUUAUGGUAAACAUGGACACGGAGGACAUGGAGGACACGGAGGACAUGGGGGAGCUACUAGCUACGUUGGUGUUACCCAUUGGGCUAACCAAGGCAGCGAUGGUGGUCACGGACACGGAUAUUGA